AUGGAAACAAUACAAGGAAACCUAAGAUUUAGAGAAGCCUUGUACUUAAGCGUGGUAUCAUAUUCCAUAGGACACUAUGUUAUACCAUUAUUGAUGGUAGUCAGAAUUUUGUUUGGGGUGAUAUUACUUACUGUGAUUUUGAUAUACAAAUGGCGCAAAAGGCAUUUGUCAAUGUAUCAAAAUAUUGAAAAUUAUCUGGAGCAGAAUAACUUGAUGCCUAUCAGAUACUCGUACAAGGAGAUCAAGAAGAUGGUGAGAGGUUUCAAUGAAAAAUUGGGUGAAGGAGGGUAUGGCUCUGUGUACAAGGGAAAGAUGCGUAGUGGAUCUUAUGCGGCAAUAAAAAUGUUAGGUAAAUCAAAAGGUAAUGGUCAUGAUUUUAUAAGUGAAGUUGCCACCAUCGGAAGAAUACAUCAUCAAAAUGUAGUACAACUAAUUGGAUUUUGUGUUGAGGGUUCAAAGCGUGCUCUUGUUUAUGAAUUCAUGUCCAAUGGAUCUCUUGAUAAAAUUAUUUUUUCGAAAGAUAGAAGUGUAGAUUUAAGCUAUGAAAAAAUAUACAAUAUAUCAAUUGGAGUAGCUCGUGGGAUUGCUUAUCUUCACCACGGGUGUGAGAUGCAAAUUUUGCAUUUCGACAUCAAGCCCCACAAUAUUCUACUUGAUGAUAAUUUCGUUCCAAAGGUUUCUGACUUUGGAUUGGCAAAGUUAUAUCCUGGAGAUAAUAGCAUUGUCACCGUGACAGCUGCAAGAGGGACAAUUGGAUAUAUGGCUCCAGAAUUAUUUUAUAAAAACAUUGGAGGAAUAUCCUAUAAAUCUGAUGUUUAUAGUUUUGGAAUGCUUUUAAUGGAGAUGGCAAGCAGGAGAAAAAACUUAAAUGCUCAAGUAGAGCAUUCAAGUCAAAUAUACUUUCCUGAAUGGGUUUAUGAUCACCUUAGAAAAGAUAGAGAUAUAGACAUGGAAGAUAUCACAGAGGAGGAAAAGAAAAUAGUGAAAAAGAUGAUGAUAGUUGCCCUCUGGUGUAUACAAAUGAAACCAAAUGAUCGUCCCUCCAUGAAUAAGGUAGUGGAAAUGCUUGAAGGAGACAUUGAAGACUUAGAAAUCCCUGAAAAUUUUUCUUUAUAUCCAUAUGAAUCGACAGAAGACUCUAAGCAAACAAAAUCUGGUAAAUAUAUUAGUUCUUGUAGUUAUUCUACGGCUGCUGAAACUAAUCCUUUUAUACCGAAUAGUAUUUGA